AUGCAUUUCGGGAGACCGAAGACUACUAUGUCCACACGACAUAGCUCUGCUGCUGACGAUGCACUCCAGAGCGCUAUUGAUUUCUCCGGAGAAGAUGAGAUGUUUCAGAGUCUAAUUUUGAGCUUUGAGUCUAAGCUUCGUGGCUCUGAAGACUGUACCUUUAUAAUCCGUGAGUUAGGGAAUAGAGGUGAGUGUGAUAAAGCUCUUGGCUUUUACGAGUUUGCAGUUAAACGAGAGAGGAGAAAGAACGAGCAAGGGAAAUUAGCUAGUGCCAUGAUUAGUACUCUUGGUAGAUUAGGCAAAGUAGACAUUGCUAAGAAUGUUUUCGAGACUGCUUUAGCUGGUGGGUAUGGAAACACUGUUUACGCCUUCUCGGCUUUGAUUAGCGCUUAUGGUAGAAGUGGACUCUAUGAGGAAGCUAUUAGUGUCUUUAACUCUAUGAAAAACUAUGGCUUGAGGCCGAAUUUGGUUACCUAUAAUGCUGUGAUUGACGCGUGUGGUAAAGGCGGGAUGGAGUUUAAGCAAGUAGCUGAGUUUUUCGAUGAAAUGCAGAGGAAUGGUGUGCAGCCAGAUAGAAUAACUUUCAACUCUUUGCUUGCUGUUUGUAGUAGAGGAGGGUUGUGGGAAGCAGCAAGGAAUCUGUUUGAUGAGAUGCUGAAUAGAAGGAUUGAGCAAGAUGUCUUUAGUUAUAAUACGCUUUUGGAUGCGAUCUGCAAAGGCGGACAGAUGGAUCUUGCUUUCGAAAUCCUGGCUCAGAUGCCCGCAAAGAGAAUCAUGCCUAAUGUUGUGAGUUAUAGCACUGUCAUUGAUGGGUUUGCAAAGGCAGGAAGAUUCGAUGAAGCCCUUAACUUGUUUGAUGAGAUGAGAUAUCUCGGUAUUGCAUUGGAUAGAGUUUCUUACAAUACGCUGCUUUCGAUAUACACUAAGCUCGGUAGAUCUGAAGAAGCUUUGGAUAUAUUUAGAGAAAUGGCGUAUGCUGGGAUUAAGAAUGAUGUUGUGACUUAUAAUGCUCUUCUUGGAGGAUAUGGGAAACAACGAAAAUAUGAUGAAGUGAAAAACAUUUUCGCUGAGAUGAAGCGAGAGCACGUGUCGCCUAAUUUACUGACUUUUUCUACCUUAAUCGAUGUGUACUCGAAAGGGGGUUUAUAUAAAGAGGCAAUGGAGAUAUUUAGGGAGUUUAAGAGCGUUGGAUUAAGAGCUGAUGUUGUUUUGUACAGUGCAUUGAUUGAUGCACUGUGUAAGAAUGGUUUGGUGGGUUCUGCUGUUUCUUUGAUCGAUGAGAUGACAAAGGAAGGAAUUAGUCCUAACGUUGUAACUUACAAUUCUAUAAUCGAUGCCUUUGGUCGUUCUGCAACUAUGGAGUCCUUAGCUGACUUUAGAGAUAGAGAAGCUAGUAGUUUAGAAGUUGGAUCUUCCUCUUUUCCUUCUUCUUCGCUAAGGGAAUUGACUGAAACAGAAGGUAAUCGGGUAAUACAGAUAUUUGGGCAACUAACCAUUGAGAGUAGUAACAAAAUGAAGAAAGAUUGUAAGGAGGGUAUGCAUGAGCUCUCCUGUAUAUUGGAAGUUUUCCGCAAAAUGCAUCAGCUGGAAAUAAAACCAAAUGUAGUAACCUUUUCCGCGAUUCUCAACGCUUGCAGCCGGUGUAACUCGUUUGAAGAUGCAUCAAUGCUGCUAGAGGAGCUCAGGCUGUUUGAUAAUCAGGUAUAUGGUGUUGUUCAUGGACUUCUCAUGGGCCAUAGAGAGAACGUGUGGCUUCAGGCUCAGAGCUUAUUUGAUAAAGUAAAGGAAAUGGAUGGUUCGACUGCUUCUGCCUUCUACAAUGCUCUUACCGACAUGCUUUGGCACUUUGAUCAGAAACGAGGUGCACAACUAGUAGCGCUUGAGGGAAGAUCUAGACAAGUCUGGAAGAACGUGUGGUCUGAUUCGUGCUUAGACCUGCACCUCAUGUCUUCUGGUGCUGCCCGCUCAAUGGUCCAUGCUUGGUUGCUAAACAUACGCUCCAUUGUCUACGAAGGUCAUGAGUUACCUAAACUCUUGAGCAUAUUGACUGGUUGGGGUAAACACAGCAAAGUGGUUGGAGAUGGAGCGCUAAGGCGAGCAGUAGAAGCGCUUUUGAGGGGAAUGGACGCACCCUUUCACCUAUCGAAAUGCAACAUGGGACGGUUCACAUCGAGUGGUUCGGUUGUUUCAACUUGGCUGCGCGAAGCAGCCACAUUCAAACUGCUAAUCCUCCAUGAUCACAUAACAACCAAAGCUACUACAACAAUGAGAUCAAGAGACCAAUAUGAUGAUGAACAAACCUCUCUCACUUUGCAGCCUCUUCCUUUGUAG